GCUUAUGAAAACGGCUCUGCACCAAGAACCGUCUGAUCCCACCUUUGAGCAUCUGCACCAUUCAUGUUGUCUGAUUUCAACAUUUCUUUGUUAUUCCUUUAGUCAGUUCCCAAACUUUAAGUAAAUUAUAUAGGCUAGUCUAAAGAUUAAAGCAACUAUUUCUAUUCUUCUAACAAUUAAACACAAUAUAUGACACAUUUGGAUUUACUUUUGUGAUGGAGAUACACUACGGCAAAGUGCCACUCAACAUGCAAAGGCACGGUGGGGUGAACCAGCUGGGUGGGGUGUUCGUUAACGGACGACCGUUACCACAAUUAGUCAGACAGCGCAUCGUGGAUCUGGCUCACCAGGGUGUUCGUCCGUGCGAAAUCUCCCGCCUGCUGCGCGUCAGUCACGGCUGCGUCAGCAAAAUACUAUCCAGGUUCCACGAGACAGGUAGCACCAGGCCAGGGGUGAUAGGGGGCUCUAAGCCCAAGGUGGCAACCCCCAAGGUGGUGGAAAAGAUCAUCGGGCUCAAGCAGAGGCAUCCUUCCAUGUUUGCCCGAGAGAUCAAAGAGAGACUGCUCCUGGAGAGGGCGUGUGACAAUAACAGAGUACCCAGCGUUAGCUCCAUCAACAGGAUAAUAAGAGAUAAAGUUCAACUUCAUCCUCUUUCUUGUGAAAUAGUGUCAGUUACCACAGGUAACAGCUUCUCUUCUAACUCCUACUCUAUCACUGGUAUUCUGGGAACUGGUUCAAACGCAAGCAAAAGUGUCGAAGGUGGAGAUUUCCCAAGCAGUUUCUACUCUGAAAAUCACCGUUCCUCCCAAACCGAAGACUGGAAUCUCUCAAACCUCAGCUUGACCUCUCGUUCCAAUUUGCCAACUAACUUCAGCCAUAGCCUGCCUGGUCAUUCCUCUCAAUGUGCUUACCUUUAGCACAGUCUCUUACAACAAAACCACUGGACUGAUUAUUUUCUUAUGGUCUGCAGGGAAGCCAUACUGCUACAGCUAAGAUGGAGAGAAGAACAAGUCACUCAUUAGUAUCAUCAUUGUGAUAAAAGCCAUCACUCACUGCAGUAUGGUAUUGUCUUUAUGUUUUUACUAUAGUAGUAAAAAAAAAGCAUGCACUGCUGUAUUCUCUGACCA